GUGCUGCAGGAGGCGGCUCAAGAUUUCUAUAUUGAAAUGAGAUGGGAAUUUACCAGUUGGGUGCCCCUGGUCUCCAAGAUCUGCCCCAGCGAUACGUACCGGGUGUGGAAGUGUGGCCAGAACCUGCGGGUGGACACGACCCUGCUCGGGUUCGAGCACAUGACGUGGCAGCGUGGGAACCGGAGCUUCAUCUUCCGGGGACAAGAUGCCAGCGCGGUGGUGAUGGAGAUCGACCACGACCGCCGCGUGGUGUACUCGGAGACGCUCGCCCUCGCGGCCCACGACCGGGAGGGGAUCCUGGCAGCCCUGCAGCCCACGGAGGAGCAGGUCAUGGGGCGGCUGAUGGCGCCCGUGGUCACCACGCAGCUGGACACGCGGAACAUCGCCUUCGAGCGGAAUAAGACGGGUAUUUUGGGCUGGAAGAGUGAAAAGACGGAGAUGGUAAACGGGUACGAAGCCAAGGUCUAUGGGGCUUCCAACGUGGAGCUAAUCACACGGACUCGCACGGAGCACCUUUCCGAACAGCACAAGGGCAAGACCAAAGGCGGGAAGACGCCGCUGCAGUCGUUCCUGGGCAUCGCCGAGCAGCACGUGGGCCCCAACAACGGCGCCUUCAUCACGCAGACGCUGAGCAACGCCAACCCCACGGCCAUCACGCCGGAGGAGUACUUCGACCCCCACUUCGAGCUGGGCAGCCGCGACAUGGGGCGCCCCAUCGAGCUCACCACCAAGACGCAGAAGUUCAAGGCAAAGCUGUGGCUGUGCGAGGACCACCCGCUGUCGCUGUCCGAGCAGGUGGCUCCCAUCGUGGACCUCAUGGCCGUCAGCAACGCGCUGUUCGCCAAGCUGCGGGACUUCAUCACGCUGCGGCUGCCCCCCGGGUUCCCCGUCAAGAUCGAAAUCCCAAUUUUCCACAUCCUCAACGCCCGCAUCACCUUUGGGAACCUCAACGGCUGCGACGAUGCCACGGCGCCCACCUGGGCCACAGGCAGCCCGGGCAGUGACGCCCCCUCGCCAGGCAGCGACCGCACCAGCAUCAGCAGCUCGAGCUCCGUGGGCUCCUGCCGGUGCUUUGACAUGGACCCCUCGCUCUUUGAGGCCCCCCGGGGCUACAGCGUCGUCGGCAGCCACCCCGAGCCCCUGCGGGAGGACGAGCUGCUGCAGUUUGCCAUCCAGCAGAGCUUGCUAGAGGCAGGCAGCGAGUACGACCAGGUGACCAUCUGGGAAGCCCUGACGAACAGCAAGCCUGGCACGCUGCCCAUGAACCAGGAGGGCCGCAAGGCUGGCCGGACACCGCAGCACACGCCGACGCCCCCGCGGCCGGCCGCCCCCCCGCGCCCCCCGCCCGGCCGGGCCCCUGGCCGCCCGCUGCCCAGCUACGCCGACCAGCUGCGCCUGGCCAUGGCGCUCUCGGCGAAGGAGCAGGAGGCGGCCGAGCGGCGCUCCCGGCAGGAGGAGGAGGACUUCGCCCGGAUCCUGCGCCUCUCGCUCACCGAGCAGUAG